AUGCCGAGCGACGCCCACGCCGCGCUCGCCGCGCUGGACCCGAACGCGGCGCCCGCGGACGUCGUCGCCGCGCUCGACGCGCUCGCGGCGUCGAUCGAGCGCGCGACGAACGAGGACGUGAACGCGCUGGCGGAGGAGACGCGACGGCGGAUCGAUGAAUUUCUGGACGCGCGAGAGAAUUCGAACGACGCCGUCGACGCGGCGCUGUGCGCGACGAGCGAACGCGUGGGGACGCGACGGAUGGAGUUCUUGUCGGCGGCGCUGACGUGGACGUCAGGGAUGGCGACGACGAGCGCGUCGGGGCGUGCGCGGCGCGUCGCGUGCGCGGCGACGGGCGCGUUGAUUCGAGAGGCGACGAUCGUGAGCGCGGUGAAAGGGAACGCGCAGCGGGUGGUGAAGGCGGUGCGGGAGGCGUGGGCGAGUGCGCGCGCGGCGAUGGAGGUCCUGAGCGAGGGCGCGUGUGAUUCGAGUUCGGACGAGGGGACGCGCGUGGCGAGGGUGAAGGCGACGGAGCGGGCGAUCCUGACGCUCGCGGGCGAGGGGUGGGGAUCGGGCGUGGUUAAACCGGGACAUAAGACGUUAAACCUGGAAGACAUGAUGGUAGACGCCGUGGGGUUGUGUGAGAGGCUUCAAGAGGCGUUGAAGGAGUUGAGUGAGGGAGCGAACCCGGCGCGUCCGCUCGCGCUCGUGCUCGUCGGCGCGCUCGGGAAUCUGAGCGUGAAGAAGGCUGAGCUCGCGGUCGGGUGCACGCCCGCGAUCGUGUCCUACGCCAAGGCGCACGUCGCGCGUGAGAAGGCUGAGAUCGAGGCGAAUCAGCGAUCGGCAUCGUCCACGGCGAGUGUUAGUAAAGAAUUGAAGAAUGUCUUGCUCGACGUGUUGCGAAACGGUCCGAGGCAGGCGGUCGAGGGUGGGAUGAUGAAUGAAAUCUCCACAAUUUGCCGCGAACUCGGCGGGGGGGAGGCGGUGGAUAGCGCGCUUCGUCACCGCGAGCGCACGGCGCAGGCGGGUGGCGCGGAGCGGUCGAGCUUUUUGACCCCCGCCGGCGGUUUCAAGCGAGCCCGUCUGCGCGAGCGCGAGCAAGUCGUUCCGCCUCCUCCGCCGCCGAUCGUCAUCGCUCCCAUGACCGAGCCGGGGAUCUUGCAUCAGAUUUUAGCCACGCUCGCAGCUUUGGUGGCGAGCAAUAAUCGUCCGACGCUGGAUGCCUUUGUCACGCAACUCGCGCCGCCGGCGCUCGCGGAUGCCAUUCUCGCUAACCUACAGCACCUGCCUCCGGCGAGUCAGUACUAUCUCGCCGGUCGCGGCGCGAACGCGCCCAGAGGGCCUCCACCGCCGCCGCCAAUCUCCACCAUGGUCACCGUGCCGGAACCUCCGGAGGAACCUGCCGAGCCGCUGUCACUCGUGGUCAAGGUUCAUGCGCUCGACGCCGAAGUCGCCGAGGCGUUUAGACUGGAGGCUAUUCAGCGUAUGCUCGCCGUGGGGAGCGUCGCCGAGGAUUUCGGUGGCGCUGAGAAGAUGGCGCUCGCCGGUCCACUCCGCAGCUCACUUCUAGCUCGACUCGCCGCGUCCGGAGCUGCUAAGUCGUCGGGGGCGAGUUUAGAAGAGGAGACGAUGGCCAUCGCCUCCGCGCUCCUAUUCACCGCCGACGGUGGUGGCGUGUACGAGACUGAAGGGGUUAACAUGCUCAUGAAGUGGUUGACGACGCUGUACGCGCAAGAGAUCGCUUUCGAGUUCAGCUACGUGCCGUACGAUCAAGCGAUUUCGGCCGCCAUCGAGUGUCUGACUCGUGGUGUGGCGGGCGCGACGUCCACUACGGCCAUGGCGAGCGGGGCGAAGAAGCCACUAUCACAGUUAUUGUGCGACGUUCCGUCGCUCCCGGGCGCGGUCUGGCACGCGAUUCGAGUGAUGUGUAGAUUAGAGGAAGGCGACGACAAGUUCCCGAGGACGGAUGAAACGACGGUGCUCGUGCUCAGUGUGCUCCAAGACAUCAUUUUGGAACGCCCGCCGGCUCGAGAUGACGCCUUGGAGGUGUGUUUGGCGUGCGCGAUGCACGAGGACGAAUCGGUGAGAGGUAGGGCGAUUCGUCUCAUCGCGAACCGUUUGUAUCCAGUCAAGUAUCUCACCGAACGCAUCGAGGCAUACGCCACGGCUGGUCUUGAGCGCGGUCGGGAGUCGGGCGAGCGCGCGCUCGAAGAAGCUCUCGAGAACAUUCAACGCGAAAAAGAUGCGAAAGAGGCCAAGGAGCAAGAGAAGGAAAACGAAACGGAAGAGAAAAUGGAGCUGGAUGAAGAAACGCAAGCUGUGGGUGAAAAGGAAGAGCAAGAGGAGGAGAAGAUUGAUCACCUUGCGAGGGCGUGCGACGUCGCCGUUGGGCCGAUGUUGCUGUACUGCGCUCUCUGCGCCAGAAAUCUCAAACUGCUGAAUGGAUUGUUCAAGGCGUACGCUUCGCUCAAGUCUGAGCUGCAAGGUGCCAUGCACCGUCACGUGAACGAGUUAGUGCGCGCCUGUGGGCCCAACUGUCUGGAGUUGUGCGACAUCAUAGCUGCUCCUCCGGAGGGCUCGCUCACACUGGCGGUCGAGUGUCUCAACACACUCGCCUCCAUUGCGGGAGUCCCGGCGCCGCCAGCGCUUCUCAACGCCGCAGAAUCACUCAGCGAGUCUCGCGGUGGCGAUGUCAAGUAUCUCGCACCGCUCGUAUGCUCGUUCGACGAAGAGCGCGUGCGCAACUUGCUCCCACAGUUUAUGCACGCGUCAAGUGACGUCUUUGCUUCGGUUUUGGACACCAUCCUUUCCGUUCCGGAGGAAGAAGCGCUGCUCAGUCCGGUCGAAUUAUUCAUUGCCGUGCACGAGGUCCAGGUCGGUCAAGACGGUGUCACGCUCAAGCAGCUCGUUGACGCGUGCACGGUGUGUUUUGAUCGCCCCGACGUGUUCACGCCGCAAGUGCUCGCCACGGCGCUCCAGCAGAUGGUGGAGUUCACACCGCUGCCGCUGCUCUUCAUGCGCACCGUCAUCCAGGCCGAGACGAUCGCACCACAGCUUAAGGAGUUCACCCUCGGCCUGCUGCGCACGCUCAUGAAUCGCCAAGUGUGGAAGAUGGACCAAAAGAUUUGGGAAGGCUUCCUUCGAUGUUUGAAGCGCGCCGCGCCGCAAUCCUUCCCGCUCAUGAUUGAGCUCCCAGCGCCCGUGUUCGGCGAGGUCAUGGAAAAAUUCCCCGCCCUCGUGCCCAGUCUCAAGUCUCUCGCGAGCAAGACCCAGGUUCCCAAGGCUAUCUCCGCCCUCCUGAGCGAGCUCUAG